AUCGCCUUGACCAAAAAAAAAAUCAUCAUCUCCAUGCAGCACCUCCCUACCUCUUCCUUUAAAACGACAGCCACCGUCGUCAUCGCCGGAGUCUUCUCUGUUGUGGCGGCGGUGAGUUUAACCGUUCCAUCAGUUUCCCAUUUUGCUGCUUCUUGCAUUCCGAUCAUUUACGAUAACACCAUCUUCCUCCUUAAGCCACCGUAUCUUUACCUAGUCAUUAACUGUAUCAUCCUCUCCAUCGUCGCUACAUCUAAGCUCACGCAUGAAUCAUGUUCCAGUACUGACGAUCCUGAUACGGUCGUCCCGGUACCUACUUAUAUCGACGCCGGUUAUCUAAACGUGGCUCACGUCGCCGGUUCUGAUUAUACCGGAUUUGUGGAGAAUGAUGCGACGGUGAAAGAUGUCCACGAAGUCAUUGAUAAUGAUAAGGUGAUAGGAGAAGAUGUAAAGACAGAGACGGAGAAGCCAAGAACGAGUAACGGUUUACCAGAACCGGAGACAGAUAAACCAAAACUAAAAGAUGGUUCGCUGGAGAUUUCGGUUCUGAAGAACACGAGGAAAGCACCUAGGUUCGGUCGGCAAAAGUCGCUUAAAGCUGGCCAAGAAGGUAAGAAGUCUGCGUUGGGAGUGACGAAGCCACCGAGGAGACAUGACACGCUGGAGACGACGUGGAAGAAGAUAACGGAAGGACGCUCGACGCCGUUAAUUAAACACUUGUCGAAAUCCGACAAGUGGCAAGAAAGGUCGCACGCCCGAAGCUCAAAGGAGAAGGAGAAGACGACCAAGUCUGAGAACUCUACGGAGGAUGACACGUUGCGAAAAACGCGUCUGAAACGCGAGCCGUCGCCGGGUCAGGAGGAGCUGAACAGGCGCGUGGAAGCGUUUAUCAAGAAGUUCAACGAAGAGAUGAGACUGCAAAGAUUGGAAUCUUUGGCUAAGUAUAACGAAUUGGUGGUAAAUCGAGGGACUCGUUUGUAAAUAAAUUAUUCAUGUUUUUUUCUUAGCUGUCGGAGAAGACUAGGACGGCACCGGCACCGGCACCGGCACAGUCGCAAAUGUUGACUCUUUUUAGAACCACUUAAAAGAUUUUUUUUUUGUCUUCAUGGGAAGAUAAAAU